AUGGAGAGGGAGGGGAAGUUAGAAAGUAGUAGUAGUAGUGGGGUUUGGGGAGGAACGGGAGAGGCGGCAGAGUGGUGGUCGUCGGAGAAGGAGGAGGCGACACAUGGUGGUGGGAGGGAGAAAGGGGGAAGGAUGAAGAAGAUACGUUUUGAGGAAGGGUUGGAAAUUAAGGGGGGAAGAAAUGGCGAAGGGAGGCAUUGGAGAUGCCGGACAUGGCCGGCUUUGUCUGGUAGUGAUUUGGGUUCUUUCGCAUUCUGGUUUCGGGUGGAGAGGGAAAGCGAAGAGAGGUGGAAGGAAGGAAAGAAACCCGGCUGA